AUGGAGUUCCGGACGAUCCAUAGUCUUCCCGACGAUCUUCUCUUUAAGAUCCUUACGCACUGCUUAGAGCAACCGCCUUCAUUCGAGUCGCAACUGGACAACUUGGCCACUGACGAUUGGCCAAACUGGCCACGUGCCAUCCCUGAUACAGUCACGCCGCUAGAUGCGUUUCUGAUCCCAGACGUGGUACCAGCCCCUCCUCCCGCAGCCGACGUGGCUCGGAAUCUCAUCAUCGCGUCCGUCUGCCGUCGGUGGCGCCGUGUGGCGAAGCUUCGCGUGACCACGCUGCUCCUUAAACAAGACCUCGCGGUGUCCCUAGAAGAUCUCUCAGCCGCCGUCGCGUGCUUCCCCAACCUCACCCACCUGCAUCUCAGCGACAACAGCGUUGAGACGCUCAACGGCGCCUUCCUUGCUCACCUCGCUUCGGCAUGCCCGAAGCUGACGACUCUCCACGUGGGAAGGUUUGCACGGCAAUCUUCAGGCUACGAGGUCAAGCGUUAUGGUAGAAAGGAGCAACCGAUAACCACGGAGGGGUUGGAUGGGUUUUUUCUGAAACUUCCUGCAUUGGAGCAGCUGAGCCUCUUCUGCCUCCACAAAAGAACAUUACCGGAUUCCUUUUUCCAGUUGACGCAUCUUCACACCCUUCUUCUCGCCAACGCUUCAGCCACACGGAACCCCAGUUUCACCAACCUGACUGCCCUUACCACCCUGUACAUCAGCUGCAGCAUUGACGAUCUUAUGCGCCUCCUCCCCCUCCCACGACUCGCCCAUCUCUCCAUCCUGCUUGACUAUUUCAGCCUUGAACAGGAGAACGUUCCAAGCGUGACGCUGCCGCCUUUUCUGAAAUCGCUCAACUUGUUCAUUACGCACCGUGGUGUGGACAUCUUCCCAUCAGCAUCGUCGUUCACCAGGCUAGAGGAGCUGCUGAUCUCCUGCUGUGGUAAGCUGGAGACCCUUCCUGAUCACAUAGGAGACUUGACGCCGUGCCUUCGCAAGAUAACCAUUCACGAGUGCAAUGAUUUCACUCACCUGCCUGAAAGCCUCACUUCUCUAAUCCGUUUGGAAGGCCUUAUCGUUUUUAAGCCGAGCAGCAGAUUUACCUUGCAUAUCAACUUUGGUCACCUGCCUGCCCUCAAACUGUUGGUGCUGGAGGGUUUGAGGAUCACCGAACUCCCUCCUUCCUUCUGCCACCUCACGUCUCUCGAGACACUCUUAAUAGUCAACUGCACCGACCUGGAGCAGCUGCCAGAAGGUUUCUGCCGCCUCACAUCUCUCAAGACGCUCUGCUUGUCAAGACUGCAUCGCGGUGUUCACUUGCCAGAGGAGUUUGGGGCCCUUGCAAGUCUGGAGGCUCUCAGGUUGCAUGGGUUUGAGUACAUACCCCUUCCAGAUUCCUACUCUGAGCUCUCUUCCUUGACCAGCCUUGAGAUGGGUUCUCCAUACGAUGAUGUCGAUCUUCCGGAAGACUUGGGAGAGCUGAGCAGCCUACGGGAGUUGAAGAUUGUUGAUUGGACAAUGUGCUCGCUGCCUAGCUCGCUGACACGGCUUACCAGACUUCAAAGGCUGGAGGUGACGGACUGUGAGUGGCUGAGUGAACCUCUUGCUGGUCUGCCACCCUCUCUUGAAACCCUCUGCUUGGGGCCCUUCAAAAAAGGUGCCUCUCAUUUUGUGGACAUCUCUGAAUUGUCACAGCUGAGGGUGCUGAAGCUGAACUGCGUUGGGGUGCGAUGCGGGCCUGCACAGGGCAGCAGGUUGCCGUGUCUGCGGCAGCUGGAGAUGCGGUUGGGAGGUGACAGCCAGGAGCUGCCAGGAAGCAUACUGCAGCUCACCUCGCUCACGUUACUCACGCUUGAAGCACCUCGGCUGGUGGCGCUGCCUCAGGGCAUGAGCUGCUUGGUUCGGCUGCGCAGGCUGGAGCUGAUUCGCUACAACGCCUGGCUUCACCUCCCAGAGUGUCUCUCCCAGCUGCACCAGCUGAUACUGCAUGACAGCCCCAUCCGCUCCCUCCCUGCGAAUCUCGUGAAGCUGACUGAGGAGCAGUGA